CAGGUCUCGGGCCCAUAGGCGGAGCGGCGGGCGCCGGACCCCCAGAUGGAGCGACAGGUCUCGGGCCCUCAGGCGGAGCGGCGGGCGCCGGACCCCCAGGUGGAGCGACAGGUCUCGGGCCCUCAGGCGGAGCGGCGGGCGCCGGACCCCCAGGUGGAGCGACAGGUCUCGGGCCCUCAGGCGGAGCGGCGGGCGCCGGACCCCCAGGCGGAGCGGCGGGCGCCGGACCCCCAGGUGGAGCGACAGGCGGGGCGGCGGGCGCCGGAUCCCCAGGCGGAGCGGCGGGCGCUGGACCCCCAAGCGGAGCAACAGGUCUCGGGCCCCCAGGCGGAGCGGCGGGCACCGAGUCACCAGGCACGACAGUGGGCUCCGAGUCAACUGGUAUGACCCGCGGGCACUGGGUCAGACAUUGGAUCGUCUGACUGGACAGCGGGCACUGGGUCACCAGGCAUCAGGUCAUUUGGCUCGACAGCGGGCACCGCGUCAUCCGGCAAGGCAGUGGGCUCCGAGUCUACUGGUAUGACCGCGGGCACUG